AUGAGAGAAGCACUUCACUCUUGAAACCCACUACUAUCACACACAUAACUCGAAGUAAGCUAGUCCCCGACGCCAUGGACUCUCAGAAAACGACUCUCGACGUGGAGAAUGGAAGCAAAGUGCUCUUAAGAGACACUCAACACAGAACCCGUGUAAAUAUGAUGUGCGCUGUCUCGCUGCUUGGUCUCGCACUGGUCGGUACGCUGCUGUUCGCCGGACUUCACAAUAGGGGGAGCUCUACCGGUGCCGACUCUCAGAAUGAUGAACUUUUGCGAGUCAAGGAUGAAUUGGAAGAGAAUGCUUUUAAGGUUCGAACACUAAAACAACUGGCGAGCAAGCCCAGCAAAGCAGCCGCACAUUUAAUAGCUGAUGUUACAGACGACAAAAAAGCAGUGACGUGGCUGAAUGACGUCGACCAAGCGUUUGCAAACGGGAUUGAGAAUACCGAAGACAAGAUUGUGGUGCCCAGGAGCGGUCUCUACUUCGUGUACUCGCAGGUGUCGUUCAAGGGACAGUGUAAGAAUGGGCAGCCCGUAUAUCUGUCACACAACAUCGAGCGACUUGCCAUGUCCUACACUGAAAAACGAAAUCUCCUGAGCGCCUCAAAGACCGCGUGCGUAGAGACGCACGGGUCCUCGAAGGACAUCUGGUAUAAAUCCAUCUACCAAGGAGCCGUCUUUAAACUGGAAAAGGGCGACACGCUGUCCACCAAAACUGGAGGGGUUGACAAACUUGUAGUCGAUGGGGGAAACUCUUUCUUUGGAGUUUUUGAGCUCUAAAAGAAAUGUCUUGAUAUUAUGAUUACAAACGGUACAUGAAGGUGUCAGGGACUAUAUAUAAUAUACCUCUUGACAAAAAGGGCUCAGGCAAGCGGUGUAAUAAUAUCGGCUGUAAUAUUAUACACACUGUAUAUAAGUUAUAGUUGUAUACAUGUGGUAUUUAUAUUAUUUAUUUAUUUAAAUUAAUUUAUUUGUGUUAUUUAUUAAUGUCAGGUCUUUUUUUAGGUUUGUAUAUACAUGUAUAUUUGUUCUGUACGUGUGCAAGUCAUUGAAGAAUACUGUUACUGUACAUCAGCAUGGAUAUGAAGCUGUGUAUUUAAUAAUUUAUAAUACAACAUGCAAACGCAACCCCAUUCAAUCGGGUUACAGUAUGCAUGCUUGUAUAUUUAUUUAAUAUUUAUUUGCUAAGUGUUGGCUUAAUUGUGCUAUGGAAUGCUAACAGAGGGUUAAAAUCAAUUUUCUAUGCACAUGAGCACUGGCCCCUAUUAUAUAGUGCUGAAUGUAUAUAUAGAAUAAAUGUGUGGGCUCCUAGCUCCUUCCUGUGCUGUAGGUCAGAUUUACUCCCAUGGUCUGACCAUAUGCCCAACGUGUUGCUAGUGCUGUUAAUUAACCAGAAUGUGUUUCUGGUUAGCACUUCUUCAAGAACAAACACUAAAAUGCUCGUCUGCAUCUUGUGUUAAAAAAACAAAUGUAAGAGAAACAUGUGUUACACUGUUUAUAAUGAAGUUGUACUUUUGUAAGCUAUAUAAGAACAUAGAAAACACUGUUCUUUCCUAAUACAUGCUGGAUGUGUAUUACGUAGCUUAUUUAUUUAUUUUCUAAUGCCUAUUGGUUUGAGAUGUAUGUAUGUUG